AUGGCCGCCCGCCUGCUUCCUUUCGCUGCCCUCGCAGCGAGCGUGUCGGCACUGUCUGUUCCCCGCGAAGAGACGAACUCGAGCCCCGGCGUCCUGUCUCUGCCUGUCUACCAGGACAUUAGAAUUCAUCCUCUGGAGAAGUUAAGGAGAAGACAAGUCUCGGACACCGAUGCCCCUGUCCUUAACGUAACGUCCACGACGUACCUGAUUGAGCUCAACAUUGGCACUCCUGGUCAAGAUACCAAGGUUGCCAUCGAUACCGGAUCCUCCGAGCUUUGGGUCAACCCCAACUGCGCCAAUGCGGGCAGCACCGCCCAGACCCAAUCUUGCAGAGCCAAUGGCCAGUACGAUCCCCAAGACUCUUCGACCUCGUCUAUUUAUCGCCAGACGGGCCGCAUCAAGUACGGCAAAGGAGAGGUGGUUCUGCAAUAUGUCAGCGAUAACAUCACAAUUCCCGGCAGUGACACCGUCUUCGGCUACGCCACCGACAGUGUCGAUCUUAACAGGGGCAUUCUCGGUCUCAGCUUCGGCGAGGCUGUCAACAACACUGGUUACCCAACCGUCGUUGACGAGAUGAAGGCUCAGAACAUUAUCGAGUCCCUCACGAUGGGCAUUGCUCUCGGAACCAAGGAGGAGAAGACGGGUAGUGGCCUCAUCUCUUUCGGUGGCGUCGACACCAAGAAGUUCAGCGGUAACCUGCACUCUGCCCCCAUCCUUGGACCCCAGAACGGCGAGAACCUGUAUAGAUACUGGGUUCAACUCGACUCGGUCGGUUUGAGCAAAUCCGGCAGCAGUGCCAAGACAUACUCCAACUCCAACUUCCCAGUUUUCUUUGAUACUGGCGCCACCUUGAGCUACCUUCCUUCUGCUGUCGUCGAUUCUCUCGGAAGCGACCUGGGCGGUCGCCUCGACUCCUCCGUCAACAUGUAUGUCGUUCCGUGCGACACCCAAGGUACGAUCGACUUCAAGUUCGGCGACUACACCAUGAAGGUGCCCUUGUCCGAGUUCAUCUGGCAAGGACUGCGUGCUCGGCGCAGACAAGGCUACCGACGGUUCCUACCUUCUUGGAGACUCAUUUCUCCGUUCGACAUAUGUCGUUUUUGA